AAAUCCAAAGAUAUGCUUCGCAAAAAUGACUAAUAUCUGAAUAAAAAAUUAAAAAACGCUGGCAGAAAUGACAGUCCGUCGGAUUUUUUAAUCCAACGGCUUACAUAUCUUCAGUUUUACCUUUGUUUUUCUCUUACGCAAACUGGUUUUAUUCGGAUAGAUAUAUCGCUAUUGACAGAAGGGCAGAGUAAUUCAUCAAUUCCCCGUCAAAAUUUCAUCAAUUAGAACACUGAAUUUUUCUCAUCCUGGCCGACGGUUGAAAGGAUUUUGUCCGGAGCUUGAAACGAGAUUUUUUCAAAUUGAAUCCGUUGAGAAAUCGACAAUAUAUGGUGUUGAGUCUGCCAAAUUGUGUUAAUCUUGGUUUCAAGAAUGCAUUUUAGUGAAUUUAUCGAUCCGCCGUUGUGUUUACAUCACCGAUCGAAGCAUCAUCGCCGGGGCAAGAUUUGAGGUUUUUGUUUGGUUGGGCGAAAUUGAAAAUUUAGGUUACUUUGCAGAAUCAGUAGGUUAAGAAAAGGGAUCUGCGUGGAAAUGGAGUCGGGGAGUAGAGAUAAGCAGUCGCAGGCGGUGUUUUUGAGCUCGAGUUCGAUUUCUUGUUCGGUGUGCUUGGAAGCGGUUGCAGACCGCGGGGAGAGAUCGAUUGCCAAGCUCAAAUGCGGUCAUCAUUUUCAUUUAGAUUGCAUUGGAUCAGCAUUUAAUGCCAAAGGAGCAAUGCAAUGCCCAAACUGCAGGCAUGUAGAGCAUGGUCAAUGGCUCUAUGCUAAUGGAUGUCGUCCACAUGAAGAGUUCAUAGUUGAAGAUCUAACAAAUAAUGAUUACCUGUAUGACGUGCAGUACAGUGAAAUGCCAUUUGGCUUCCCAUGGUGUCCAUACCAGGGUUCAUUUUCUCGAUUGUCAGUAUCUCUCGAGGAUGCUGAGCCUCCAUCCAGCUAUCCUGAUCUGAUAGUUAAUUUUUUGUAUGGUGAGCAUUCAAAUGCUUCAAAUGGGGCUCAUUUAUGCCCAUAUCUUGCUGUCCAUGGUAUUUCUCGUGCAAGGCAAAUGCCAGUUGCCAUAAAUAAUGUGGGGUCCUCUAACACCUCUGGUGACCCAGGUUCCCAUCACCGAAAUGGUGCAUCAACAAUUGGUGACACGUUUAGUUCCCACACAUUUUCUGCUUCUGAAGCACAUCAUCGUAAUUGGCAUGCUUCUAAUGCAUUUCCUAGUAACAACAAUAUGCCUAGUACCGAGGAUCCAGCAUUACCUACAUUGUUGUCACAUGAUAGGCUUGGACUACCCAGGAUGGACUCUGAACGCCUUCAAAGAACAGGGUCUUCUAUGCCUUCUGGUUAUGCUGUUCGUGGGUUUUAUCCCCGGGCAAUCCAUGGUAGACCUCCUCCAACGGUGACAAAUGAAUUUGUUCAUUCUCAUAGUCAUAUCCAAGGCCCUGGAGGUGGUCAACUUUAUCAUCCUCCAUCUUCUGUCUCAUCCAUGUAUGGUGGUUUGGGCCAUGGUAGAAGAUCAAGGCCAAGGGAUCCACUGGUUUCAUCAAGGAGAGUAAUUCAAAAUAUACCAGCAGAGCAAGCACGAGUCCAAGGGGCUUCGGCCUACCCUAUGAGCAGAAAUCAAGAGGCAGAUAGCGUAGGUUGGCAUCAAAAUAACCCUUUCUAUGGAUGGCAGAGAGAAGGAUUUCCUCCAGUCCCGUGGGUCCCUGUUGAUCAGGAUUCACAGCGGUGGGGUUGGUUUCAUCCUGGUCAGAACCCUCAGAAUAUGCCAACUGAAUCUACAAAUAGAAAUUAUCACCGUCACAGUUAUUUUAGUGCUGAUGGAGGUCCACAGGUGCGGCCUGGUAUCCCAUCAGAGAAUCCUUAUCAGCGCCAUGCCUGCCCAAGGUUCCCCCCUUCAUUCCCAUGAAGUAGAGUCCCGUGGUUAGUUGCAUUUGGAGUUAGCAAGUAAAUAAUUUCCUUAAGCAUUAAACUAUUUUUUGAUAUUUUUCUCUCCAACUUUCAACUUUGUAUAUUUUUUGGAUUCUGUGAUUCAAAAUGACAGGCAAUCCUUUUAGUCUUGAUUUGAAUUGGAGAAUUCUCUGCACUGGCUUGAAAAGCCGGGGAAUACGCAUACUUGAUUUUGUAAAUUCUUUCCUUGAAAAUUACUUUGGUCAAAGGGACUCGCUCAUUGAAUUUGAGAGUAGAUUGGUUCCAAGUUAUGGUAACAUUUUCCUGAAAAAACAAGCUGGAAAACCAAGCAUCACAACUGAUGAUUUAAUUACUAGUUUUCUGGCCUGAGUGAUUAUGUAAUAACUCAAUUUGCUUCUAUUGUUAUGUGUUAUUACACUGUCGUACUUUACAAUCUGCCAUCUGAUUUCUCUUUUAAGUUGGCAUUUUAUUUUCUGAAAACAGUGGCACUGUGUUUUCUUGUAAAUGCGAAAGGUUUUGUGGA